AUACUACCCAGAGGACACUGCGGUAUCUUAAAGCUACAGUGCCCGGUCAAACUACCUUCAGAGGAAGACAACUUGAAAUUUGAUAUUUUUAACCAAUGGUCAAUAACCUCUUUAAUAUGAAGCCACACAGUUAAAAUAAAAAACUAAUUAAAUUUCCAGAUUUACGUGUAAAUGGUAGAUAAUGUUGUUUUUACAAAGUUAUUGGCCAGUUCUGCUCUCUGGGAGGAGUCUCUUGUUGUGGCCAAAGAGUAGUAACUUGUGGGGUUGAUGUAUUUAACCUGGGUCCUGGGACACCAACGGCAGCACUGUUGAAGGUCUGGCCUUCAAUUACACUUUUUCGAGAAUGGACUUGACAGCUGAGAGUCACUCCAUUCCUCUAAGUGAUGGAAACAGCAUACCUUUGAUGGGAUUUGGAACUUAUGGGGAUCCGCGCAAGACCCCUAAAGGAACUGCAUAUGAAUCAGUCAAAGUGGCUAUUGAAACAGGGUACAGACACCUUGAUGGAGCUUUGGUAUAUUACAAUGAACAUGAGGUGGGACAAGCUAUAAGGGAGAAAAUUGCAGAUGGAACUGUGAAGAGAGAAGACAUAUUCUACUGUGGAAAGCUGUGGAACACAUUUCAUCCCCCAAAAUUGGUUCGACCUGCUUUGGAGAAAACUUUAAAGACAUUGCAACUUGAUUACGUCGACCUCUAUGUUGUAGAAAUGCCCACAGCCUUCAAGCCAGGAGAUACAUUUUACCCCAGAGAUGAGAAUGGGAAAUACAUUUAUCACGAGACAGAUCUCUGUGCGACAUGGGAGGCUUUGGAGGCUUGCAAAGAAGCUGGGCUGGUAAAAUCUCUUGGAGUAUCCAACUUCAACAAGAGACAACUGGAGCUGAUCCUCAACAAACCUGGUCUGAAACACAAGCCUGUGUCAAACCAGGUUGAAUGUCAUCCCUAUUUUACUCAGCCAAAGUUGCUUGAGUACUGCCUGCAGAAUGAUAUUGUCAUUGUGGGAUACAGCCCAUUGGGGACAUCUAGAGAUGAAUCCUGGGUGAACCUUAAAUGCCCCCCAUUGUUGGAAGAUGAGUUACUGGUAUCAAUUGCUAAAAAGUUUAACAAGACCACAGCCCAGGUGGCCUUGAGGUUCAACGUGCAGAGAGGAGUGGUGGUCAUCCCGAAGAGCUUCAACCCUGCCCGCAUAAAGCAGAACUUUCAGAUAUUCGACUUCUCUCUCUCUGAGGCUCAGAUGAAGGCAAUUGAAAGAUUGAACAAGAAUAUUCGUUUUGUGGUGCUUCCCAUGUGGUCUGAUCACCCAGAGUAUCCAUUUCAUGAGGACUACUAGAUUCCACAGAUGUCAAGACCUCACUCAAAUAAGCUGCCUUGUACACUUCGUUGCAUUUACGAAGUGUUGUGCCUUGUUUUGAAAAUGAUUAGAAUUUACCUUGUUUUAUUGAUUAAAGCAACUUUAAUUAAAGCAGACCAUAAUGUAUUGAAUAAAAUGCUUCAUUACCAG